GAACUACAGCUCCCAGCAUGCCCCGCGCCUCCCGCAGGUCUGAUUCUAACAGCGGAGGCUUCAUUCUGAGGCUGCGGCUCCGAGAGCAGAGGCCGAGAAGCUGCAGGUGCGUUGCUGGCGGCAACAGUUGACUGACAAUGUCCUUGUGAGAGUGGGCGGGGCUACCUGGCCCUGAGGUGAGGAGGAGGAGUCUCAGCCCUCAGCCCCUCCCCCCUCUCUCCUGCUGCAGCAGACCGAACGGCCUGACACCCAGACGGUUGUGGCUCUCCCUUCCCUCCUCUUCUUCCUCCUCCCCAUUCUCUCCCCCUCCUCCCCCCAUCUCCUCCCCCGUCUCCCCCUUGGCCCCGCCCCCUGCCACCAUGCUGUGGUCACGCUGCUGUUGGAGAGCCUGAGGAAGCAGACUCUGGAAGGUGACCCUGCUCCGCCGGGGGACGUCUACCUGUCCCUGCUGGACCCGAAAACCCUCGCAGAGUGCUGGCCCCCAGAUGGCUUGAUGCCUGAGAGCAGCUACUGGCAGCUCUGCCCUCCCUCCAAGUCCGGCCUGCAGGGGGGGUUACUGAGCUCUAGUUUCCCCCCCGGCCCCGUGCCCCUGGUGCCCCCUGAUGCUCACCUGCGAGGGGGCGACCCCCUGGACGGCGCCCCCUCUCAGCCUCAGCAGCACCGGCCCCUGGCGCCCAGCACCUCAGCGUCUGAGCUGUCCCUCCCCGGAGCGCCGGCGGCCCCCGGCCCCGGGCCCCCUCCCCCUCCCCCCGCCCCCAAACGGCACUGCCGCUCGCUGUCGGUGCCCGAGGACCUGUCGCGCUGCCGCUACACCUGGCGGCCCAGCGCGUCGCGGGUCUGGACUCCUGUCAGUCGCCAGCAGUGCCACGGGGGUGGGGGCGGGGUCACGGGAGGAGGCGCAGGGGCGGGGGGAGGAGGUAUAGGGGUGGGUGGCGGGGGAGGAGCCUGUCCUCUCCGCGCCCCCAGCUCCUCUCUGAACUCCUCGCUGCACUCCUCGUCCAGCCCCACCUUCUUCAGCCUGGCGCUGUCUCCGGACUCCCCGCUGCCCUGGAGCUUUCCCUGGGACCCCAGCGAGGCGGGCGGGGGAGGAGCCUGCUGCUGCUUCUUCCCCUCCCCUUCCUCCUGCUCCUCCUCGCUCCCCCUCCACCCGCCUCCCCCUCCUCAGAGGCGUUUCUCCCUCUCCCCGGUGCUCAUCAGAGACUCGGCGGCCUCCACCUUCCUGCCUCCGCAUCCCGUGCCGAGCCACAUGCCGGCCCGUCCUCCGAGCUGCUCGGCCGGCGGGGCGGCGGUGGGCGGCCCGGUGCCCGCCUCGCCCUCCUCGGCCUGCAGCACGCCGUCGUCUCUGAGGCGCAGUCUGCCGCCGCAGCUGCCGCGCUGCCACUCGCAGCCCUGCGACCUGCUGCUGCUCAAACCCGGUCUGAAGAGACGCCGCGACCCCGACAGACCGUGUGCCAGACCCGUCCUCGACUUCACCAAGAUGACCCAGACCCGCAGUAUCGACCCGCAGUGUCUGGAGCGCGGUGGCGGCAGGCUGGCCUGUGGCGGUGACGUCUGCAUGGGCAUGGAGUCCUUCAUGGGCGACUUCCGGCGCUCCUGCUCGCCGGCCGAGUGCCUGGGCAGGUCCAGCAUCGGGCCGCUGAGCGAGAGCGACGAGGAGUGCCGGGAGGACGACGAGGACGAAGACGACGGCGAGGAGGAGGAGGAGGAGGCGGGGGAGCGCGAGGCGGCGCAGCAGGCGGUGUUUGAGAGGGAUUGUACAGAACUGGACUUGAACUUGAUAGAAGAAAACUGAGGCGUUUGUAAAUGGAAGGCUGUUCUCUGUUUCCGUUGUUUGGUUUAGUUUUUGGGUUGAUCUGAAGCCCCGCCCCUUCCCCCCCCGCACCGCCAUCGUCUCCUCACGCCGCGCCUCCUUGCCACCAAUCAGCAAGGCUCUCAGGAACAACACCUUCUCUCAUUGGGUGAGCUGGGCUGAACGCUGACGACGACAGUGAUGAUGUGACUGCCGGCGGUGAAGACUUGGCGCCGUUGGGACGUCAGAGAGGAAGUGACCUCCAAGUCACUGAGCUAGCUUCACGCUAACUCACCAGGUACCUGAAGACCGUCCAGGUGCGUCUCUGCGUCCAGGUGUCUUCCAACACACAGCUGCUGAGUCUCUGUAACACGCUACGGUUCUGACGAGGCCGACCGCCGCCGUCAACGUCGACCUGACACGCCAUCGCCACGGCAACCACAGUCCUGCACCCAGACACCAGACCGAUACUUCAAAGAGCAGUCAGGAAGCAAAGGGUCAGUUCACCUGAACCACUAAACACACAGGUGACAUCCGCCAGUAACAGCAGGCAGAACCACAAACAACAACAACACCAGAACACCAAUAAGCAUCACACAGCAGCAAUCUAACAGAACCAUAAACCACAUUUAGAACCCUUCUAUUUUAGAGCCAUGACAUCAUAAAAUAUGAAGACCGACAGUAGUGGUGUAACAGACCGUUGUCGAUCCCCCUCACGGAUUGAUUCCACAGUUUACCGUUAACCUUCACAGUGUAAAUAAAGUUUUACUGAGGAUUGUUAUCCUCCAAUAUUCAGUAAACUAUGAGAUCAGGACAUCGUUUAUGCUUUUCUAGUCUCACAUCAUGAUAACGUUAUAAUUUACCUUCAGCCAAUACUUAUUUUAACUGAACAGAGCCUGAACGCAUCAGUUAUUGUAACUGAACUGAAUCUCCGUUUGUUAGUCGUUAGCGGUGCUGCUAACAUUAGUAGCUCUCCUCCUGUUAGCGGUGCUGCUAACGUUAGUAGCUCUCCUCCUGUUAGCGGUGCUGCUAACGUUAGUAGCUCUCCUCCUGUUAGCGGUGCUGCUAACGUUAGUAGCUCUCCUCCUGUUAGCGGUGCUGCUAACGUUAGUAGCUCUCCUCCUGUUAGCGGUGCUGCUAACGUUAGUAGCUCUCCUGUUAGCGGUGCUGCUAACGUUAGCAGUGAUAUCUCUGUCAGUUUGAUGCUGUAGCUGUUUUCAGGCUCCUUUAACGACUGAACUCCGAUAGAUUUGUUUUAUUUGUCUCUGAGAUUCAGAUUAUAUUUGAUAUAAUAAUAAUAAUAAUAAUAAUAAUAAUAAUAUCUUAUAAAAUUCAGCAGCAGUGUGUCUCUGUUUUUUUAUCAACAGGUGAAGUGACCCUUUAAUAACAUGAACAUCAUGAUGUGAAGUAGAAUAAAUUAUUCUGAUUAAAUCAAUCACACAGAUUAAUAUUGUUGUUAGUCAAUAAUGAUAAUAAUUCAUCAUGAUAUCACACACACACACACACACACACACACACAGUCAUGUGACCUCGGCGUGGCGAUGCGUUCAGGUUGGCUGCUGAUUGGUGGCGUCGUGCUGUCAGGCUUCACUGAGGGCAGGUAGCCACUGAUGCUGUUGUUCACCUGAGUGUUCACACACACACCUGUCUGCGUCUCCCUUUGUGUGUGUGUGUGUGUGUGACAUGAACUCCUGGUGGUCAUGUGACUUCAGAUUGAAUCCAGAAUAUGUCAUUUAUUUAUUUAUGUCUUCUGAGCUCACAAGCGUCCCGUCUCCAGAAUAGAACAGCUGCUCGCUGCUGUUAAAGCACCACAGAAGAAGAAGAGGAGAUAAAAGGUGUUAGUUUAGUGUAUAAAUGUGAAGAAGGUCACAUCCUCCUCAUCACUCACAUCUCAUGUUUUCAGCUGCUUUUAUUCACACAACUACUUCAAACCUCACAGGAAACACUAUUAAACAGCUUUUAUUUUGAAAUCACAGCAUUGAUUUCAUCUGUGAUGAACAGAAAGAUGAAAAGAAAAAUAAUUGAAAUACUCUAAUGAAGUUCAGAACGUUGAUGGUGAAUUUUACAUUAAAGAAAACUGACUGAAAUGUUAAUGUCAAUUACAGAAAAUAAACAAAAUCUGAUUCUGAAGAAGAAUUCAAUCAGUGCAUCUUUAUUUAAUCUGAAAUCAGUCUGGAACUCAGAGUUAAAGAGGAUGUUUUGAUGAAAAUGAUUUAAACAUUUUACUACCAACAACAAAAGUCUUUAAAGUCGUCAAAUAUCAAAUUAUGAAUCAGACUAAACAUUCUUAUCAGACAGAUUUUAAUUAUUUAUGAAAUGAAUUCACAGAAGACGUCAACUCUUCUCUGGAUUUAAUCUGUAAAAUGAAGAUUCACAGAACCACCAGGUGAGAACGUGACGACCAGAAAUGAAAAAUGUUCGCAGGUUAUUUUAUGAUGUUUCUUUUCAUUUGAUAUUCUCCCAACUUUUGCUUGAAAGUCACUAAAAGAAGAAGAAAAACUGCACGUUGAAGGUCUGUGAACCACACGGCUCGUUUCACUCGUUUCCUCCUGAGAAUCGUUCUUCACAUUCCUGCUGAUCGUUUCAAACCCUCAUGAAUCAAUCAUCCGUCACAGUCAGCGUUUCAUUUGACUCUUAAAGGUGUUUUCCUGCAGUGAUUCAGUUCCAAACCUCUGCUAUGGCCUCUUGCAACAUUAACUAAAGUGAAAAAUAACUAGUGGAUCCGCCCCACUAAUUAUGCUCAUGCUGCACCCUUCCACCAAGUGGAAUCAUCAUGUUAAUCUGGUCUGGAGAUUUUCCAAAAUCCUGCUGACAAACAAACAAACUAAAUCGAAAACGUCACCUCUUUCAACGUCUCUUUAGUGAUGCAUUCAAGGACACUCUGACAUCCAAGAGUGUGAGCUGCCAAAAAGUGCAUCUAAUGUAAAUGUUAGAGACUGAAACCCAGGAGACUAUCAACAAGUUAACAGGAACGCUGUUAAAAAAGAUCAUAACCAAAAAAAGAAAAUGUGUGUUUGGUCGUUUCAGUUCAGCAAACAGCUAUCAGAUCUCAGAUGUCCUAAUGUCCCUGAAUGCACCAAAGAGUAAAAGAGUUUGCCUUGAAAAGUAAAGAUGUCUAAACUCUGACUGUGAAGGAUUGUUGUCUUUUUAAAUUGUGGCAUCUUUACCGUUAAACUUUCAGAUAUUGGUUUCACUUUGUAAGAGUUUUUGUGUUAGCGAUGUUUCAGUUUGAGUGACGGCGUCUUCUUCUCUCUCUGAUGUCACAUUUCAUCGUUCAACGCGGUCAAAAGCAUUCGCUCGAUCUUAAAGGAACAGUUCAAUGUUUUAGAAACCUAUUUUUCUGACAGCGAGGCGUUCCGGUGAAUAUAAGUGUCAUGUUUUUGUGUUGAGGUGGAAGCUUGGAGUCAUGAUGUGGUUAGCCUAGCUUAGCAUAAAGACCAAGGGCCGCCUCUGACAAACUCCUGUUGGGUGACGCAUUGAGCUGCAUUUGUGUUCAUCUGAACUUCUCGCUCUGAGGGGAAGACAGUUUACCAAAAUGUUGGACUGACCAUUUAAAACGAGAUUAAUGUUAGCCAUAAGCUAGCUUGUUAGCUUCACGUGUUGGUUAAAAAAGACAGGUACAGUCUUAACCCAAAUUUACAGAACAAUUACAUUUAAAAAAACAAAUGCGUCUAGAAAUGUCCCACAUAUACAAACGCAUUGUCCGUUACACACACAUACAAAAACAUUGUCCUUGUAACACAUACAGAACAUAAUGUCCUUUUUAAACACACAUACAGACACUCAAAGUGUCCCUGUAAAACACCCGCAGAACUUAAUGUUCUUCUAACCCACACAUGCAUAGUGUCCCCGUAACACACAUACAUAAUACAUUGUCCCUGUAACACACAAAUAGAUACAAAGUGUCCCUGUAACAUCCUUAAAAACACACAUUGUCCUUGUUACACAAAUACACAACACAAUAUCCCUGAUACACACAUUGUCCUUGUAACACAUAUAUACACAAAUAGUUUCCCUGUAACACACGUUUACAUAACCGUGGCCCUGUAACACUCAUACAAACAUGUUGUCCCUGUAAGACACAUUUACACACGUCCCUGUAACACAUUUUUACAUAUGUUGUCCCUGUAACACACAUUUACACACAUUGCGUCCCUGUAACACACAUUUACACACUCUGUCCCAGUAACAUUCAUUUCCAUAACGGUGUCCCUGUAACACACAUUUACAAACAUGGUGUCCCUGUAACACACAUAUUUAUAACUGUGUCCAUGUAACAUACAUUUACAUAACUGUGUCCCUGUAACAAACAUUUACACAUGCAGUGUCCCUGUAACACACAUUUACACACAUUGAGUCCCUUUAACACACAUUUACACAUACAGUGUCCCGGUUCCAAACAUACACACAUUGCGUCCCUGUAACACACAUUCACAUACCGGUGUCCCCGUACCACACAUAAACGAGCGCCCCUCUCCACACUCCCUCCUGGUCUGUCGGUUUGUUUCUGUUGAUCGCUCCAUGACGCCCAACAUAAGCCUUAACUGAACAUAUUCUAUUAUUCUGUAAAUCAAAACGUUAAAAAAGAAAAAAAGAAAAGACAAACCUAACGGAGAAGAAAAGGAAACGUGUACUGUAGCUGUUAAAUUUUUAGUCCCUCUGUUCAUUAUUUUCUGCUGUUUUUUCUUAAUAUUUCUAAUCUGAUGUCUGAGCGCGACGAGGAGUCGCCGAUGAACGCAUCGUGUUUGAAAAAAUAAAAAAAGCUGGAGGACGAAGAGGAGGAGCAGUCGUGUACAAAGUUAGCGGAGAGACUCGGACAUCUCUUGUCUUUUAGAAAUGUUUUUUAUUGUAUGUGAUUUAAAAAAAAAAAAAAAAAAA